AUGGCAGCUAUAGAUGGGAGAGAGUUUGGAGCUCCUCCCUGACGCAUCUGCACGGACAAAAGCUUUGUCCCUUCGGGUGUCAGGUCUGUUACGUGGACAUCAGCAGUGCAGCAAACUUGGAACAACUUUAUUUUAAAUUUCCGACCGAGAAGAAGAAGAAGUCCAGCAUGUCGUCCCUGCUCCAACAUCGCUCAACAGCUCAUUGGAGCACACACUGCCUCCUGGCUGGUGUUUUCAUCAUGCUCACCUUCUCUGGACCAGUUUCUCCCCUUCAUGCUCCCUCAGUAACAACCAGUCUGCGCUCUGCUUUCUCCGCCACACAAACCAGCAGCGUAGUGGGAGGCAAGCAGAAGGCCGUGACCUUCAACAGGCUCAUGGUCAACAUCGGAGGGGAUUUCAAUCCAGACACUGGUCGCUUCCGCUGUCGCAUCCCUGGGGCGUACUACUUCUCCUUCUCAGUGGGGAAGUUUCCAAAGAAAAUGCUUUCUGUCAUACUGGUGAAGAACGGGGAGGAGGUGCAGGCGAUAGCGUAUGAUGACUACCGCAAGAAAGGAAGGAAAGUUCAGAGUCAAAGUGUCAUGAUCGGUUUGAAGGAGAUGGACACAGUGUGGCUGCUUCUGCAGCAGAGUCCUCAGUAUGCUUUGUACAGCAACGCUGGGCCUUACAUCACGUUCUCUGGUUACCUCAUCUACCCUGACGUCUCCACAGCCAGCUACAUCAGCAACCACCUGUCCCCACCAGGCCUGUCCCACCCCCAGUGCCCUCCUGAGGCGUCCGAGCAGCCACGCUCGGCCUUCUCUGUGGCACGGACGUCCACACUCAUGGGUCAGAGCAGCAGGCUGCAGGACAAGCCACCUCUGACCUUUGACGUGGAGUAUGUCAACAUCGGGGGUCAUUUCAACAAAACCUCAGGCCUUUUCACCUGCCACUACCCAGGGGCUUACUUCUUUGCCUUCACUGUGGGGAAACACCCCCGUAAGGCCGUGUCCGUGAAGCUGAUGACCGGGAAGGGCGAGGUGCAGGCGAUGGUGUUUGAUGAGGACACGUCGAAGAGGCGGGAGAUGCAGAGUCAGAGUUUGCUGCUGUCUCUCCGUCAGGGCGACAGCGUGUGGCUGUACAGUCAGCAGGAUGAGCGUUACGCCGUCUACAGCAACCAGGGGCGCUACACCACCUUCUCUGGAUUCAUGGUUUAUCCUGAAGCAGAACUUUUCACAUCUCCAACCAACCAGGACAGAACUCACCUCUAGAUGUCUUUUUGUCAAAACAGCAGAAAAGGAUCAAAAAAUACAUUUUGUUUUUGCAGACAAUCUGUAGGUUGUUUCUAAUCUUGACUCUAAAUCUUGAAUCCGUGGUCAGUAUAGCGUCAGUGCAUUUACUACUUUGUUUGUAUUUUAUUUCCUUUUAUAGAACAUAAUGCCAUCCCAGCUGUAAUAUUUAUUGCCAAAUUACUCCACAAGAUGGUGCUAUGACACAAUCGUGGACAUAACCCGCAGGAUGGUUAUUUAUGUCCUUAACGUGCAAUUAGCUGUAAAACACAGAAAUAAAAUAUAA